UAGCUCUCCACCCUCCUUCAUUCUCCGAGACCGUAGUGUGCUCCGUCCUGCAUCGACAAUGAUCUGCCUGUUUCUGUCUGUUUUUGCCCACGUCUUCCAGUCAGACGGUGGGAUCUGAUAGGCUGCUGCUGCAGACAGAGUCCCCACAAUGAGGCCGACAAAAAGGUCACAGCGAGAUCUGCAGGAGCUGGAAGACCUGGUACCCAAACAGGCGCGGAUUGAUGAAACCGGCUGGACGGGGGUGAACGAACGCACCUUCAUCGCCGUGAAGCCGGACGGUGUGCAGCGGAAACUGGUGGGAGAAAUAGUGCGUCGUUUUGAGAAGAGAGGCUUCAAACUUGUUGCUCUCAAGCUUAUAAAGGCGUCUGAGGAGCUGCUAAGCGAACACUACCGGGAGCUGAGGAACAAGCCUUUCUACAGCACCCUAAUAAGCUACAUGAGUUCUGGACCAGUUGUUGCAAUGGUGUGGCAGGGUUUAGAUGUUGUGAAGACCGCUCGCAAGAUGCUGGGCGAGACCAAUCCCACAGACUCACUGCCGGGAACCAUCCGGGGAGAUUUCUGUGUGGAAGUGGGCAGGAAUGUGAUCCACGGCAGCGACUCGGUGGAGAGCGCCCAGAAGGAAAUCUUUCUCUGGUUCAGUCAGAGCGAGCUCCACCGCUGGGAGAGCAGCACCAACAACUGGCUCUACUGACAUUUACAGACCUUCUGCAGCUUUAAAAGGUCAAACCUCAGUUAACUUCUUCUUUUUAGCUUCAGUAGUUUGUAGCAAAGAAAGGUCAUCUCUGCUUUCCUGCAUCAUUUCCUUGGUUUACAUUUUAGAUGGGGUAAACUUAAAGGGGCAGUAUUAUGUAAAAUUGACUUUUUUCAGCUUUGCAUCAUUUUAUGAAGAUAUGAAAACAUACCUGGUGUGUUGCUUUGAUCCUCUCAUAUAUACUUGAGAAAUCCUUUAAUCUCUCAUGGCAACCAUUCAGCUGUGAUGGGACUGAGCGCCAGCGAUGAUGACAAAGCUCCUUAUCGGAGCUGCAAUUUCCACCCUUCAGAGCACUACAGAGCUUCUCGCUUAGCUCCUUCAAACUGGCCAGCAACAAUUAGCAAACACCUGGUGGAACUGCACAUCUGCUGAGCUCAAUAUACCAGCUACUUCUCUGUGCAACGCUGGCAAAGACGUUGUUAAGCAUGGAGCAUGGUUGUGACUUCUUGAAAUGCGGAGUAUCUUAAAGAGACAGAGGCCCAAUUUCAAAGCAUUAAAUUGUAACAUCAAAUUUAUCUUAAGUCACAUUGAUAUAUAGAAUAUUUUAUAACAACUGAAUGUAACAUAGUUACUUGAUUGUGCUAAAAAAAUGGCGCUAUGUGCCUGGAAAAUACAUAACACUGGCCCUUUAACAAAACAAAGAUGCACUAAAUAGACUGAAAUAGUUAGGACCAGUAAUGUUUUUAGUUUUUAAGCUAUAAGAAUAACUUGUUGCAAUAAGAAACUGGAAUUAUGAAGAUAAUGGAUUUGAAACUCACUCAUUACAUAAUUUAAAAAAGAAAAUUGAUAUUUAUUAAAACAUAAAAAUAGCCUCUUUUCAUUUGUAUCACAUUUUCCAGGUCCUCUAUGGGUGUAAAGAUGAUCAUGUGGAAGUACUUGAAUGUAAAGUUUAAAACUUUUGAACAGCAUUGAACUCUGUAUUGUUACUGCUUUUGUACUUUUAUACCAGGCUCAGUUUGUAGCCUGUCAUGCCACUGCAAUAAAAAUGGAAUAAGUUCAUUU